GUGUUCUAUUGGCGUUGUGUUUUUCCCCCUUCUCUGGUCGGUCUCUGUUGGUCUGCUGUUUGUCGCUUAUGGAAGGUUGAGCAAACACAGAGAGACGCAAGAAAAAGUCACCUGGGAAACGGAAAGUUGUGGUUUGGCUUUUGUGAAAAAACGCACACACUAUCCCGAAUAAACGAACGAUCUCGCAACGUUCCAUCAUCAUCACCUUCAUCACCAUCAUCGUCCUCGUCCAAGCCCACCACCAACCACACACAGACAACCCAGUUGCCCUUCUUGUGAAUCGCGCUUGAUUGGCCGUCCCUCCAAAGCCCCCCCCCCUCGCAUCAUCAUCUUCAUUAUCAUGUCGGUCAUCUACUUCAAGUUCAAGACGCGCACAGACAGCUCGACCGUCAAGUUUGACGGCGUCGGCAUCACGCUGCUCGAGCUCAAGCGCGCCAUCAUCACGCAGAGCAAGCUGGGCCAGAACGAAGACCUCGAGGUGAUUGACGCACAGACAAAGCAAGCAUACACGAACGAGUCCGCACUCGUGGCAAGAAACACGUCCGUCGAAGUCAAGCGAAUUCCAGCAACCACACAGCGAAACUGGUACGAGAUCAAACCCGCCGUGGCUGCUGCCGCUCAAGCACAGAGCAUGAAGGCUGCUGCGGCCGCGACAGCCAGCUUGCACAACCCGAAUGCUACAGAAGACGAGCGAAUCAAGGCGAUGAGCUCACUGUCGGGAGCAACGUUCAAUGCUGCCGCACUGGCCGCGGCGGCCAACCGACCGCUGGCGGCGUCCGAAAUGGGCGGCCAUCGACCAACCUUCCACGCCCCAGGCGGAGGCGUCGCUGGGGGCCCGCGCUUUGGCGCUCGGCCUGGCUUCCGCAUGCCAGGACCCAUGGAUCGCCCACCCGAGACCUACGUUUGCAACCGAUGUGGAUAUGCAGGUCACUUUAUUCAGUACUGCCCGACGAACGGUGACCCUCUGUACGACCAGCCAAAGGCAAAGCGUGCGACUGGCAUCCCCAAAAGUUUCCUGCAAACGACAACGGUGGAGGCGAAUCCUGGUGCCCUGUUGGCUGCCGAUGGCACGUUUGUUAUUACCACUGUGAACGAUGACUUGUUUGAACGCCAGCUCGCUGCAAGUGCACCCAGCGCACUUCCUGACGACGUGCCUGAAGAACUUCGCUGCCCUAUUUGCACCCAGAUCAUGGACAACGCUGUCUCUGUUGAUUGCUGCUCGACGACGUUUUGUGAUUCGUGCAUCCGGAACCACAUAUCUGAACACUUUCAUUGCUUCAUGUGCAAGCAAGACGUCAGCCAGGACGAUGUCGCGCCAAACCAGAAACUGCGACGUCAAAUUGCGCUCUUCCAAGCCGGCAAAACUGUCGAGGUGCCUGUCCCUCCUGCACCGCUGGCCACAGCCCCGGCAUCCGCCCCAGCACACCCAUCUGUGAACGCUCCGACAGAGCUUGAUGCAGACUUUCUUGCUCCAAUGUUCUCCGCACCGCUGCCUGCACCGCUGCCUGCACAACUGGCUGCACCUCCCGCCAAGGCCGAGCCAUUGAACGCGAGUGUUCCUGCCGAAAGGGCGGAGGCGCCACAACCCAUGGCUGUUGAAGCCAAGGAAGUCGCCGAAUCUGAAGUCGCUGUCCAUUCCUCCGACUCUGUGACCGCGGGAGAUGCAGCUUCGACAUCUGCUCCUGCUUCUCCCAUGGCCGACUCCGAUUCACGUUCACCGCGUUCACCGCGUUCACCACGCUCACCACGCUCACCACGCUCCCCGUGCUCGCCGCAACAAGAUGGCAACGACAAUGAUUCGCCUGAAUCACCAAGAGGUCGUUCGCGCUCGCGCUCUGGUUCACACUCGCGCUCUGGUUCACGCUCACGUUCACCGGCACCAAAUGCGGAAUCUCACCCAUCCUACCCAGCUGCCGCCAUGCAAGCAUUCCCACCAGGCUUCCACCCCACCCCAUUCAUGCCAAUGCCAGUUGGAUUUAUGCCGCGCCCCGGUGGCAUGCCAUUCCCUCCGCCGUUCAUGGUCCCGCCAGGCUUCCGGCCGCCGCCGUUUGGCAUGCCUCCACCACCCGGGAUGGUACCUGGAGGACCGCGGUACCCAGGCAUUCCACCGUGGGUUGCGCAGCAAAUGCGCUACCAGCAGCAACUACAGCAAAAGAAUCAAACCCGCGGAACCCGUGGCGGCGAUUCCGAAGAUCGUCGUCGGCGACGCAAUGACGAUGAAGACGGAUCGGACCACCCCAGAAAACGCGAGCGGUCUUCGUCCCCUGAGCACAGAGAGCGCGAUCGACACCGAAGCUCAAGUCGAGAUGUCGAGCGCGACGAUUCCGAGCAGAGAGCAGACCGCGAGUCGCACGAGCGAAGCGGCCGAGACGAGGAUGGGCGCCGAGAUUCGAGCCGCGAGUCGCGUCGAACCUCGAGUCGGGAUGACCGCGAGCGAUCGUCGUCGAAAGACUCACGGCGGGAGCGCGAUGGAUCCGAGUCGAGGCGAGAGCGCGAUGACGAAGACUCUAGCCGCAACUCCAAGAGCGACCGCUCCAGUUCCAGCAGUCGUCGCGAUUCUGAGCGCGAUCGCGACCGCAGUCAUAGCCAUCGAUCCGACUCGUCCUCCUCUUCCUCCAAGGACCGUACAAGGAGCGACAACGAUUCGAGCAGCCACGGAAAUUCGAGCAGCAGCAGCAGCAGCAGCCGCCAUGAUCACGAUCGAGCUUUGAGCUCAAGCGACAGGCACUCAUCCAGCAAAGAUUCAUCUCGCCAUUCGAGUCGCGACUCGGGGCGAGACGGCCGGAAUCGAGAUCGCUCGAGCAGCAAAAAGUGACUCUGGUAUUUGGUUUUGCUCGACUUGUAUUUUUAUUUUCCAUCAAUUACAGUGUCUGUUUGUCUGUCUCUCUUGAAUGGAGGGGUUUUUGCGCUCUUGUGCUAAAAUGGCUUUGUCCGAAAAAUGAAGGCGAUGAGCUAUUUCGUACUACAUCAAUGAACAUGAAACACAG